GUGUGUGAGUGUGCGCUUCUCUCCCGCUCUGCUGCAGUGUGUCUCACUGUUUUUCUAUCCACGAUGAUCCUCCCGCUCGCUGCGCUCCUUGGAUCGCUCGUCUGCGGCACUUCAGCUCUCCAGCUGUCCAUCUCUCUGAGCAAAGUGGAGCUGAGCGUCGGAGAGUCCAAGUUCUUCACCUGCACAGCCAUCGGCGACUCGGUCAGUGUGGACUGGUACAGCCCCCAAGGCGAACGCAUCGUCUCCUCCCAGCGGGUGGCGCUGCACUCGGAGUCCGGCCGCUCCAGACUCACCAUCUACAAUGCAAAGGUGGAGGACGCCGGCAUCUACCGCUGCCAGGCCACGGACGCCAGUGGCCACACACAGGAGGCCACCGUGGUGCUGGAGAUCUAUCAGAAGCUGAUGUUCCGCGACGCAGAACCUCAGCAGGAGUUCCGUCAAGGCGACAUGGCCGAGGUCAUCUGCGAUGUGACUAGCUCACCGGUGCCUGUUGUGUCCUGGUUUUACGAGAACAUCGAGAUCACUGAGGAGCACCACGACAGAUUCCAGGUUCUCAGAAACAACAACCUGCAGAUCCACCGAGUGAGCCAGGCGGACGAGGGUGUGUACCGCUGCGAAGCGCGCGUUGAGGCUCGGGGAGAGAUUGACUUCAGGGACAUCGCUGUCGUUGUCAACGUCCCCCCCACGCUGUCCGUGCCCCAGCUGAUCUUCAACGCCACCGCCGACUACCAAGAGUCGGUAAUGUUCACUUGCCGGGCAUCCGGCUCCCCUGAGCCUGAGAUCACCUGGCACCGGAGGGGGAAGCAGGUCCACGAGGGGGGGCAGUAUGUCCUGAAGGGGCGAGGCAGCACCCUCACCAUCCGUAACAUCAGGCAGGAGGAUGGAGGGACCUACGCGUGUCGUGCGAGCAACAAGGCUGGGGCGGCUGAGCAGGAGCUCCUCCUCAAGGUGUUUGUUCAGCCACACAUCACACAGCUGCAGAACGUGACGGCCAUGGAGGGAGGCGCUGCGGUCAUCACCUGUGAGGCCGAUGGUGAGCCGCUGCCUGACGUCUCGUGGCGGAGGGCAAGCGACGGAGAGAGCUUCGCCGACAGAGACAAGAGCCACGACGGCCGUGUAGAGGUACAAGGUGGCAACGGCAGGUCCGUGCUGACCAUCAGCAGCCUGCGGCUCUCCGACUCGGGCCGCUUCGACUGCGAGGCCCUCAGCAGGAUCGGGGGUCACCGAAGGAGCAUGUUCCUCGACAUCGAGUACGCCCCCAAGUUUCAGAGCAAUCACACGACCUACUACUCGUGGGAGGGGAACCCAGUGAAUAUCAGCUGUGACGUCGUGGCCAAUCCCCGCGCCGCCAUGGUGUGGGGUCGCGAUAAGCUCACCAUCUCAACAGAGGGCGGCAGCAACAUGCGAGUCUUCAACACGGAGGGGAGGUCCCUCCUGGAGGUCACGCCCUUCUUGGACCAGGACUUUGGAUCUUACAACUGCACAGCCAGGAACAACAUCGGAACCCGGUUCCAAGUGUUCAUCCUUGCUCGGGCCGAUGUGCCUUCCAGCCCAUACGCCGUGCAGACUGAUGCCGUGAUGCAGCGCGUUGCCACGGUUACCUUCACAAAGCCAGAGUCCCAUGGCGGGGUCCCCAUCAGUCACUACUUGGUCAGAUAUAAGGAUGCUGGCUCAGCACAGUGGAGGAGUGUAAAAUCCCAUGGUGCAGAGACUGUGGCGCAGCUUUCGGGUCUGGAGCCCAACACCACCUACGAGAUGGGCGUGGCAGCAGUUAAUGGGAGAGGCCAAGGGGAGUUCAGCCAUACGGAGAUCUUUCAGACGCUACCCAUCCGAGAGCCCAGCCCCCCCCAGGUGCAUGGUCAGAGGGCUGUGGGUGGGGCCUACAGACUCUGGCUCAUCCAGCAGGAUGAUGGGGGCACGCCCAUCCUGGAGCACAUCGUCAAGUACAGGCCAGCGAGUCCCCAGCAGGGAGAAAAGGAGGAGCACUGGACCACUAAGCUCGUUCCUGGAGGCUCCGACUUUGUGUUGCUGCCACACCUGCAGUGGAAGACACAGUACGAGGUGGAGGUCGCAGCCCGCAACGUCAAGGGCCUGUCUGAGCCCACAGCCUUCCACUUCUCCAUGCCACAGAAGCCCAACAUCACAGACUCCCUGUUCGGUGGCCUGGGCUCAGGCGCGACGGUGGGACUCGGCUUCGCCGCCCUGCUGCUGCUGCUGGUCGCUGUCGAUGUCGGUUGCUUCUUCCUGCGCCAGUGCGGCCUCCUCAUGUGCCUGAGCCGCAGGCUGUGCGGCAACAAGAGCGCCACCAGCGGGAAGAGCAAGGAGCUGGAGGAGGGCAAGGCUGCCUACCUGAGGGCUGAGGGCUCCAAGGAGCCAAUUGUCGAGAUGAGGAGGGAGGAGGAACGAAUAACGACCCAAGAUGAUGGAAGCCCUGCGAAUGAGCCUAACGAGACAACGCCCCUCACAGAGCCAGAGAAGCUGCCGCUGAAGGAAGAGAGCGGCAAAGGGAGCGUGCAGCCGGAUGAGGUCAAAGGUCACGGCGAGAGCGGCGUCCAGACGAAAGAGGAGGGCGGCAGGGCGUAGCGUCACGGCGGCGCCCCCCCAGCACACCACCCUCAGAGCAGCCAGAUGCCACCAGAGAGGAAGCGUAAAGAGCGGAGCGCGUUGUGUCUUCGCACGGACCGAGUGUAAAUAGGGCGGGAGAGGCUCCCCAGCAGGGCUUGUGGUCGAGACCCGCGGCACUCCUUCGGAAGGCAUCAUCCGUCUCUAGAUGUUCUUUCUCUUCUUUCGUGCGGCGCCUUGGCUGUCGCCUCCACUCUUUGGUUCUCCACCUCUUCUUAGACCAGCUGCUCCGGUAGGGCCCCCGGGGGUCCCUCCUGGCCUCUCGUUCACACAGCCCCUGGCGCACGGGACGUAGCGUGCCGCUCGGUUCCCCCCACCGAUGGACUCUUGGGCUCUGUGUGCGUGUGCGUGCGUGUGCGUGGGUGUGCGUGAGUGCGUGUGCUUCCUCAUUACGCUGAUCUGCACCCGUUAAAAAUGAGGUCGAUGACAACAUUUCCCAGUAACACACAAACCUUAAAUAUCAUGUGUGGGUCACUGAAAGGUUAUCUUUGCAUCAUUCUGUUCUGACGAUAUUUAAAACUUUGAACUUUUAUUGAUUUCAUGUCAUACUUCUCGGUAAAACAGAUUCAGAGGAACCAGAGGAAAUGGGGGGCGUUGCCAUGACAACCCAUGUGUUUUGAUGUUACUGUGGAGAGCAUUGGUGCAAACCUGAUAUCUGUGUUUUGCAUCUCUGUGUCUGAACGAGAACGAGGAGGGCAGUUGACUCGGGUGAGAGCAGC